AUGGACGGACGCGCUGAUGGGGACCUGAUGGAGACAGAGAAGGACCACGAGGAGGUGGCGUGGGUCGACCCUGGCGGUUGGCUCCUCCUCCAGAACCACGUGGUAGGAGAGGAGGCACAAGGACUGCUUCUUCUCAGGAUGCCGCAUCCAGGGAGCUCCGACCCUACCGCCGCUGUCAUCCAUGGAGCUCUGACCCAUGGCCAAGAACUCAAGGUAGGUUCAGACAUAGAGCCACUGUGGGGAUUCCUUCCAGUCCGACGCCACUUGGCUUCUGCUCCGGUGCCCCCGUUCUUCUUCCAAUCCAGCAAGAUGGUUGCAUGGCACCAAUGGUCGGCUCCUUAUCCAGAAUCACGCGUCGGGAAAGGAGGUUCGAGGACUGCUUCUUCUUGGGACGCCACAUCCAUCGAGCUCUUACCCCAUCACCGCUGCCAUCCAUGGAGCUCUGACCUAUGGCCAACAAUUCGUCAUGUACGCAGGUGCACGAAAGACCCAGCGUGUGGUGUGCAUGUGGAAUUCUUCUUCACACUCAAACACAGGUUAUGGAGCUGGAGUCAGUUUUCUAGUGAUGGACUAGGAUUGAAGCUACUCGACGAGGCACAAACAUGCUACUAUCUUGCUAGGCUGUGGUCUUCAGUUCAUGUCGUGGCUGGGUUGUUGCCAGUUACUUCAACUAGGAGUGGCUCUCUGACGUUGCUCCUCGAGGAUGAUGCACUUGAAACCCUCUUUGCUUGUUUACUUUCAGAUGAUGUUUUUUCUUUCUUUUGGACCUGGCGAUGCAUCUAUUUGACAUGGAGGCACAGACAAGAGCACACCUGGGCACCAGUCAUCAUAUUACUAAACCACAGUAUAGAAGCAAAGUGGAUCUCAAUCUGGACUGUAUCGAGCUACACAACCCAUACGAGCCAGCUGGCAAAUCCAAUUCCAAGGUGGAUUUGUUCAGGGUUCGGUGGCUGAUGUUGUUCCUGUAAGCGGAAUUAAAGACAUGUGUUGGCUGAUGCAGUUCAUGUUUAACUUGCUGGCAAAGCACCGGCCAAUACAUUGUUGGAAGACUUUUGGGAUGUGAAAAAUGAGAGAGAGGAGAGCGCGCUAAUGCUCCGCUGCCACUGGUUGCUGCUGCUGCUGAUCUCUCUGGGGAGAGAUGGUCUUUUAAAUGAGAAUUUGAGCUAGGGUUGUGCAUGCAUUUAUUCAACGCGUUAUGCUGCCAAAAUUUCUGGUCGAAAUUCCCACGACUUGUCGAAAUUUUGUCCUUCUU